AUGCCGGGCUCAAAAAAGUCGAUCGUCAGUAUAAGGAGGCGGUUCGAGCCGCGGCCGGUACUGACAUCUUGUUGCAAGAAGAGGGCCGGUUUCUUGGAAGCCGAGGGUCCUAUGGAAAAAACGUUCAAAUUCAAGCAAAAUGAACUAGCAGACGCUGUAGACCAGGGUACUGCCAAUAAAAAAUUUGAUUUGAAGCUUCCUGAGUUUGGACCUUAUAACUUGGACUACCUGCGAAAUGGACGAGAAUUGCUUCUAGUUGGAAAAAAAGGACACAUUGCAUCACUCGACUGGCGAAAAGGAGCCAUCAGUAGCGAGCAUUAUGUUAAUGAGACCUGUCAUGCUAUAAAAUCCUUGCACAAUGACCAAUACUAUGCUGUUGCACAAAAGAAGUAUACUUUCAUUUACGACAAAACCGGUACUGAACUUCACCGUCUCAAACAGCACAUCGAAGCCACAUUACUCGACUUCCUUCCAUAUCAUUUUCUCCUUGCUACGGCAGGAAAUACGGGAUAUCUCAAAUACCACGAUGUCUCGACUGGUGACUUGGUCAGUGAAUUGAGAACUAAAUUGGGUCCCACACAAGCCAUGAAACAAAACCCAUGGAACGCAGUGAUGCACUUGGGCCAUGGAAAUGGAACAGUGUCUCUUUGGAGUCCAAAUAUGUCAACACCAUUAGUGAAGAUUCAAGCAUCGAGAGGUCCAGUACGAGACCUUGCAAUUGACAGAGAGGGAAAAUACAUGGCAGUAGCCGGUAUGGAUAAGUCUUUGAAAAUAUGGGACUUGAGGAAGCUCUCUGAAGUCGACAGUUACUAUACGCCAACUCCAGCAAGCUCUUUGGACAUUUCCGAUAACGGUUUGCUCUCGGUUGGAUGGAGCAGUCAUGUUACCAUUUGGAAAAAUGUGUUCAAGAACAAGCAAAAAGACCCCUAUAUGAACCACUUGUUACCAGGCUCAAAGGUAGAAAAGGCUUGUUUUGUUCCGUUUGAGGAUGUUUUAGGCAUCGGCCAUCAACAUGGGUUUUCUUCUAUUAUUGCGCCUGGUGCUGGUGAAGCCAACUUUGAUGCUUUGGAACUCAACCCAUACGAAACUGCCAAGCAAAGACAACAGCAGGAAGUCAGAUCAUUGAUCAACAAGUUGGCUCCUGAUACCAUCUCUUUGGAUCCAAAUGUGAUUGGAACUGUUGAUAAGAGGGCCAGUAGCAUACGAUUGGGUCCAGGACAAAUUGACGAUAUCAAGAAUAAUGGAGAGAAGAAGAUGGAUAUAAGGGCUGAUGUCAAGGGGAAGAACUCCGCCUUGAGAAAACAUAUGAGGAAGAAACGACAAAAUGUCAUUGACGAACGCAAGUUAAGAAUCGAGAAGAACUUGAAGGUUGAGAAAGAUGCUAGACAAAGAAGACACAGAGAAUUCAAGGGUAUACCCGAAGAAAAGGACUUGCUCGGGCCGGCAUUGGCGAGAUUUAAGUAG